AUGAUGAAGUGGGGGCUCAGCAGCGGCACGCCCGCGGAUUCCUACUACGAGGUGCGGUCAGAUUGCACGGACGGUGUGCCCAAGAGCAAGUUCAAGAUCAAGGCUGGCAAAACAUUAAGUGCUCGGAAAUGGCAGGCUGCAUUUAGUCCCGAUGGCUGUCUUGAUAUUGCCUCAGUCCUAAGCCGGAUACAAAGAGGAGGUGUCCAUCCAACAGUCAGAGGUGAGGUCUGGGAAUUCUUACUUGGCUGUUUCGAUCCCAGAAGUACCUUUGAUGAAAGGGAAGAGAUCAGGCAAAUACGGAGGCUACAAUAUGCCAGAUGGAAGGAAGAUUGUCGACAGAUGGAUUCGCAUGUUGGUAGUGGUAAAGUUAUCACAGCACCACUUAUCACUGAGGAUGGCAGACCUAUUAAGGAUCCUCUGGUUUUACUUGAGGCUACUUCCGACAAGAACACUUCAGAAGGUGCUCCAACUACCAGCAUAAAUGGAACUGAAAUUGAUGAAUCUGCAGAACGCAUUACCGAUAAGCAAAUUAUCGAGUGGAAGCUGACAUUGCAUCAAAUUGGGCUUGACGUCCUACGCACUGAUCGCACCAUGGUAUUCUAUGAGAACAAAGAAAAUCUUUCCAAAUUAUGGGAUAUUCUAGCUGUGUAUGCAUGGAUUGACAAAGAUGUUGGUUACUGCCAAGGAAUGAGUGAUUUAUGCUCACCAAUGAUAGUUCUACUAAAUGAUGAAGCAGAUGCCUUUUGGUGCUUUGAAAAAUUGAUGCGUAGAUUGCGAGGAAAUUUCAAAUGCACAGAUCAAUCUGUGGGAGUAGCCAACCAACUUCAACACCUUGCGUCUAUUAUUCAGGUUCUUGACCCGAAGCUACAUGACCACCUAGAAACUCUUGGUGGAGGUGACUACCUUUUUGCAUUCCGUAUGUUCAUGGUGCUAUUUAGGCGUGAAGUAUCAUUUGGAGACUCCUUAUACCUCUGGGAGAUGAUGUGGGCUCUGGAAUACGACCCUGACAUCUUCUUCGCAGCGUGUGAAGAACAAGGUGCAGUACAUAAAAAUAAAGUUUCUAAAUCCAAACUGAAAGGACUGCGCCAUUUUGGCAAGUGGGAUAAUAAUAAGGAUAAGGAUAAGGACAAGGACAAGGACAAUGCUAAAAAUGGGGCUGAGGAUGGUGAAGAUGGUCCAGUUCCAAUUUCAGUUUUCAUGGUUGCAAGUGUCCUUAAGGAAAAGAGAGAGAAGCUGUUACAAGAAGCUAGAGGACUGGAUGAUCUUAUCAGGAUAUUGAACGAUGUAAAUGGGAACUUAGAUGCCAAGAAAGCUUGCGCUGGAGCAUUGAAACUUCACAAAAAGUACCUGAAAAAGGUACAACAAGCAAAGAAACCUUAA